AUGCCACGCCCUCCACUAUCACAGAAUCGGUCCCUGGCCAUCCUCAAGGCAGCACGAGAGGGGGAAUAUGCUGUUCCCGGCAUGUGCUGCUACAACAUCGAGGCCAUCAUGGCAACUGUCAAGGCCGCCGAGGCACGCAAGUCGCCAGCCAUGGUCCUCCUCUUCCCAUGGGCGAUGCAGUACGCGGGAACAUCGCUAGUCAGGGCCGCAGCAGACGCCUGCCAUAAUGCAAAGGUGCCCGUGUCCCUGCACCUUGACCACUGCCAGACGCCCGACCUGGUCAGGCAGGCCGCCGACAUCGAGGAUGGCUUCGACUCCAUCAUGUGCGACAUGUCGCACUACGAGAAGGAGGAGAAUCUCAGGCUGACCAGGGAGCUCGUCACCUACUGUCACGAGCGGGGCAUCGCUGCUGAGGCCGAGCCAGGGCGCAUCGAGGGUGGCGAGGACGGCGUCGCGGCCACGGCGGAUCUCGAGGGUCUGCUGACGACGCCUGAGGAGGCUGAGGAGUUUGUGGCCACGGGCAUCGAGAUGCUUGCACCGGCCUUUGGGAACGUGCACGGCGAGUAUGGCCCUCGCGGCAUCCAGCUCGAGUAUGACCGCCUUGCUAGCAUCUACGACAAGGUCGGCGACAGGGUGCAGCUGGUGCUCCACGGCGCCGACCCUUUCACUGAGGAUAUCUUCAAAAAAUGCAUCCAACACGGCGUCACCAAGGUCAAUAUCAACAAAGGAAUGAACAAGCAUUACGCAGCAGUACAAAAGGAGAUGCACGGCAAGCCACUGACCAGCGUGAUCGAAGCAGGGACAGUGAGGAUGCAGAAGGCCAUCGAGACGUAUAUGGACCAACUGGGAAGCUCCGGCAAGGCAUGA